AUGAGGGUGGCGAACGAGGAGCCCGAGCCCAAGGCGGCAAGUCCGCCCCGCCCCGGCAACUUAGCGACGCUCUUGUCGCAGCAUGAGGACGAGCCCCAGAGCGACGCAGAAGAGGACGGAGAAGAAGAAGACGCCACUGAGGGCCAAUACGCCUACUUCGCGUCGCCCGCCAAGGUGCUGGGCUCGGCCUGCGUCAAGGGAGGCUUCUUCCUGGCCCAGAGCGCCGUGGAGAUGGCCAUCAGUAAAGCAACUCAAGCGGCCGAGCGGCAGGAGGAGAAGAGGGCCGAGAGGGAGCUGGCGGACGUGGUGCGGCGCCGGGUGACCGACAGCGUCUUCCGCCUGCUGACGGUGCACGAGGCACGCCAUCAGAUGAACGCGCUGCACCUCGCAGUGCUCUACGAGCACCCGACGGUGGUGACGUACCUGGUGUCGGAGGCCAAGAAGUACUUCCCCGAGGAUAAGGAGGCGUUGAAUGGCCAUGGGACGCCUGAAUGCGCCUCGGAUAAGGAGGAGAUCGAUGACGAGACCAACAGCAACGCCAGUACUGAGACCCAGGAGCAGGAACAGGAACAGGAAUUGGCGUGUGGCACGCUGCAGGACUUUCUAGACAGUCGCUGUGGAGAGUCCAAGCACCGCGCCACGGCGCUCAUGUUGUGUACGUCUGUGGCGUGUGCCACCACGUUGAUCGAUAGUGGCGCGUCGCUGGAUGCGAUGAACUCGUCUGGGUUGACGGCGAUGCAUUACGCGGCGAGCACGGGGAAUGCAGCGUUCGUGAGUUUAUUGGUCCGCGGGGCGACGGCCUUGCACUGGGCCGUGUUUGAAGGGUUCCAAUACACGGCGAUGCUGUUGGUGGGCUACGGGGCGAACCAGAAGAUCUGCGACUCGGAGAAGCAGACGCCGCUAAUGAUCGCCAGCGCUCUUGGAGAUGCGUUCUUGGCCAAGCAACUGGUGGUGGAAGGAGCGCCCGUGAAAGCCAAGGACAAGCACGGUAGAACGGCGAUGGACAUUGCACGGCAAGGCACACACUUCGACACAGCAAGUGCAUUGAAAGCAGACGAUGGGGCUGGCGUUUUUGACUUUCACGUGUAUCAUGUACGUGUAGUUUGCAUCAAGGACCCGGGGUACGUACCGCGCUCCACGCGCCCCGCCUACGAAUUGCUGGCUGCGGAGGAUAACGCUGUACCGUGCCCGACCUGUGUCACGCGCAAGCCUCAGCGAUCCAAACACUGCUCAGCCUGCAGACGCUGCGUGUAUCGCUUCGACCACCAUUGCCCGUGGAUAAAUAACUUCUUCCUCGUCACCUUGUCAAGCUUCUGCUUCACGAUCGGUGCUCUGUCACUGAGUAUUUUGCUGGACCCUGUGUCCUUGCACCCGUCCGCCCCCAGUGUUGCGCUCACUGGAGAAGCUCCCGCUCACUCGGAAUCGACGCUGAUGCUGCACGGUAUCCACGCCACUCUCCUGCUGUGCGCCGUCGUGUUCGGCAUGCCGACAGCCACGCUACUGGCGAUUCAGCUGCGCAACGUGAGAAGUGUUCAACAAGGACAAGUACCCGUAUCUGAAGACGCCGAUGGACGAGUUUUACAGGGCUGUGCCCACAACUUUGCUUGUGAGUGA